AUGCUGCUGGGGCCUUCCGUCUGUGACUUGUGUUCUGAAAACCCACGUAUCUUGACAGGUGCGUCGAAUGUCUUUUCUGUAGCUGUCAACCUCCAGGCCUGCCGCACGAGUUUCAUUACGUCUGCUCUACUCGCAGCAGCAUAUUCUGUGUGGCAGAACCUCCCAAGAAGUGCGAGGUUUAUUUUAAUGAGUAUGUUAAUACCUAGGAGAAAUCAGGCUGGAUUAUAAUAUUUUAUUAGAUUGCUUUGAAAAGGCAGAGGAGAAGACGGAAAAAAGCUGGAAAGCUACCACCUCACCUUUCUGUCUAGGGUGCAAGCAACUGGGGCUGUGAUGGUUAGGCCCAAACUUAACAUUGUUUUCACCCUUGCGGAAAGUGGCAGCAUGAGAAGAAGGUGCUGUACUCAUUUUGCCCAAGGAUGCAUCUUCCUAAAAUAUGUUAGCUAUGUAUGGGUCUUCUUCAUUCCUGCAUUGAACAAUAUAGAAACAAGAAGGUGGGCUACGCUGAGAAGUCUCACCCCUAGUGUUGCCCAAUCCUUACCUGACAUUCGCUCAUUCAGCAUGAACAUCUGUAGUGAUGGGCCUUUGUGCUUAUGUACAUGUGGAGGCUUCCCUGGAAUCUCACCCCUGAACGAUCAGGUUAUAUUUAAUUCCUGAGGGAUGGCUCAGUUGGUAGAGCAUGAAACUCUUAAUCUCAGGGUUGUGGGUUCGAGACCCACUGGCAAAAAAAAUCCUGCAUUGCAGGGGAUUGGACUUGAUGAUCCUGCUGAUCCCUUCCAACUCUACUAUUCUAUGAUUCUAGGGGAUGCCUUCAUGUGUGUAACUAAAUGUGUGAAGGCCCACUUGCUUCAGAUAUUUGUGUUGUGUGCACAGAUGUCGAGGGAAGAGUUUGCAGUGUUGGAAUAGGGUAUUCUGCAUGGCCUAUCUCCUCCUUAACUGUUCAACAAUGGAGCCAAGAAAAAAGCUGAAUAAGGCUAAUGGCUUAAAUCCCAAAUAAGCUUCUACCAGCAGGAAUUUUACCAACGUGAAGAUCUGGUCACAGAAUUCUACUAGUGGAAGAGGGUGUGUGAUUUUGUCAGUCUCCCCUACAGCCCUUUUGCGCCUCAAAAAUCAGAAAGUUUAAGUUUGUUCAAUUAUAGUUGACUGGGAGGCGUUGCACUACAUGCUCACUUCCCCCAAAGACUGGGCUUUUUGAGAGAUGGAAAGUGAUGGAAAUAUGGUAAGGGCUGGGUAACACUUGCUUUGACGCAACGUCAUCUAGCAUAAACAGAACGUCUGGAAGCACCCAUAGAUUUUGAAGAUGUUCCAUCAGCCCUCUUUAUCUACACAGUCUCAUUCACUUCGUUGCCAGUACUGAGAUAUAAGUGGCUACUGGUGUUUUCCUCUGUAAAGCAUUGCAAAUCUGGUGUUGCUUCUGAGGUAAUCAGUGAGCCUGCACGUGGUAAACAUCUCUUUGGUAGUGUCCUUCAUCUUCCGGUAAGGUUGUGUGAGGUGUGCAACAAAACUUAGAAGUUUAAUAUCCUUUCAUGAGACGACUGGGUCAAAAGUAGGACAGGCAGUUCCUACAAUUGGGAAAGGAACUGGUUUGUGGCCUAUGUAGGGGCCUGGAAGUAGAGCCUUGUGUGUUGGUGCCAAUGACAGCUCACUUCUAGGGCAGGGGCUGGUUUUGGCAGUGCCGUGUUCUCUGACCUCAGUCCUCCCUUGAACUUUGAGGAGGACGAUGAUCAGGAGAAGGUGCCCCUCAGAGAGUUGACAUUCCACACUGCAGGACCUUCUUGGUCAGAAGAUAAGUUGGCUUUCCAAACUCACCAGGUUUCUAUUGCAUUCCCCAUCACCCCCACACAGUAAGAGCCAACUUCUGCAGAAUCAGAAGUUCAGUUCCUCAAACUUGGGUCCCCAGCAUAGCUGUCAACUUUUCCCUUUUCUUGUGAGGAACCAAUUCGGAAUAAGGGAAUUUCCCUUAAAAAAAGGGAAACGUUGACAGCUUUGGUCCCCAGCUGUUGUUGGACUACAGCUCCCAUCAUCCCUAGCUAGCAAGACCAGUGUUCAGGGAUGGUGGGAGUUGUAGUCCAACAACAUCCACAGACCCAAGUUUGAGAAACCCUGCUUUAAAAACACAGCCACCUCGUUGCCACCAACGGCAGGACCAAACCAGCCAGCUUUGUCAAGGCACCUGCAAGAGCUCUCAAUUUAGGUGGUCCUCACCAGAGUGUUCUGUCUAGGGUCCUGACAGGCUUUGCCUUGUGGGAUGUGGCCCUUCCUAGCUGAAUGUGAUCUACCAUUACCAAGAAAUGCUUCUGCUGAUGUCAGCUUUCCCCUGUCAACCUCAAACCAGGACCAGACAAAGAAGGGCAUCUUCUUUGCUGUUUUAGCAUGCUUGACAUAUUCUUUCUGUAAACUGCUUUAUUUAAAAUCAAGUGGCAUAUAAUCUUUAUGAAAUAAAAAUAAUAAUGUUUUGUGUAAAUAAACUUUUAAAAAUAAUAAUACCACCAUGUUAAUUUUAUGUGCUGUAUAGCAAAAAGAAAAGAUGAACUGAAAUAUUUGAUUAAGAGGCAGAUUUGAUAAUGCAUAAUGUCAUGGGUUCUGGGAUGGGGGGAGGAGCACCUCAGAUCCCAUAGCAUCCAUAUUCCCAGCAAUGACCACAAACGACACAGGAUGGACCCUUAAAACAGUACAUGUUUUAUUUCCCUUCGGUUUACAGCACUAAUGAAAAUAGUACUCGGUAUGUAAUGAAUCAACAGAAGUGUAAACUAGGGGCAUGAUCCCCUUCUUGGCUUCCAGAAUCAAUCAACAAUAGCCCUUUGCUAUAAGACUUAUGCCUUACCAAUCUGGCCUUUGCAUAUGUCUUUUCCAGGAUUCUUUCAUCACCCCUGCCUGCCUGAGUUGGUUGGAAAAGAGUCACGGCUACAGCGUGCACCUUGAGAACCACAGCCAUUGCGCCUAGUUAUCCCCUAGGUAAGUACGGGUGCUUGGCUCCCUGCAAAUCACUCUGUCCCUCCAGGGUCUCUCUUUUCCUUCCUCCUAUCCAGCCUCCUUCCCAUAGUGCUCUCCACCCCCCUCCGCUCCUUAGAAAAAACUGUGUGAGUCGAUUAGACUGGGAGAUAACAAUCAGCCCAAAGUCAUUCAGUGAGCUUCAUGGCUAAGUGCAGAUUUGAACCCAGAGCUCCCCAGCCCUAGUCCAAAACUCUAAACACUACACAAUGCUUUCCCUCCCUCCCUCUUUACUAAUUCAUCCCCAUUAAUAACGGGGGGUUUUUAUUUUUUUAAAAAAAUGGUCUUAGUAUGGGGGUACGGAUAUGAGGAUUGUUAUGAUGAAUUCUCGCACUUGAGAAUUCUUGCAUGGGUCUGAUACAGAACAACAUCAGAUGUUUCAUAUGGGCCUUGAUCACCUGGAGACUGACUGAAUUGUCCUUGGCAUUACACACAAUAGUACAAGAGGGCUUUUCAUUAAAAUAAAAAAGCGGAGAAAGAGUCCUUCCAAAUGAAAACCGGUAUUGUAAUUAUACAUAAUCUGUGAAUAUGUGAAUUCUGCUGCUGCUACUAGCAGACAAUAGCGUAAAACCGUACAUUAGCAUAGCCAUAUGCCAGCCAUUAUUUUUCUUCUUUAGAUGCAAAAUCUGCCCUUGCAUAUAGUCCCUAGUUUUGAAAUGUUAGCUGAAUAUACUGCAAUAAGCCUGUCAAGGGGGAAAGAACACAGUUUGUAAUAGCCUGUUUGUGUCACGUGUGUUCGUGAGCCCGGCCUCUGUUGUCUCUGGGUUGCUUCUGCCGCUGCUUGACUGAUGUCAUACAUUUGAGAAGCACAUUUUUUAAAUGCCAGCUUUUAGGUCUUUUGAAUCUCAAGCAAUAAACCCAGUGACACAAUGUACAAAAUCUGGAAAAAAAGUCUUAAGGGGGAUUAAAAUAAAGGCAGAGAAAUUUAUUCCUCUUAUAAAAGAGCCAUAAACAACGGGAAUGAUGUUCUGAGAAGGUGGGACCAUUUUGGCUGGAAUUCUAUGAAAUAUUUAUUUGCAUGGCAGUCUUCAGUUAUUUAAUUGGCAAUUGUUCAUAAUUGACAAUAUAGAUUGCAAGCAAUGACCUCUCGUGACUAGCUCAUGAAUAAAUGUGUUGAGGAUGCGGCUGCAUUUAUUGUUAAGCAUUUAUUUUGGCGUUACAGAAAUAUGUACCCAAACCAUGUUUGCCUAUUGAAUUAAUCUCCCAUAAAUAGUGUGGGUACAUCAGGAGCUAAUGUAGCAUUAAACAGAUCUAUAACAUUCAAGGAGAAUUUUCCAGUAAGGUCAGAAAUAUAUUCAGCUGUUUUUUCCAGAUUUCAGCAGCUCUCAAUUUUGUGUGUCACAUACAGGAGAGGGAGAGUUAAGACCUGCUUAAAAGAAAAGUGGCAUGCCGUAGAAAGAAAGGAUCUUGUCCUUAUAUAGCCAGGCAGGUACGUUUCAAAUGUUUGUUUUUCCUUUUAACUAACACUUCAGCCUUAAGGGACUGCAGCAGUGGCCGUAGCCAGCUGUUCUAUCCCUCCCUAAUUUCCCCCCUUGGGGAGAUGCUGGCAUUGAAUACGAAGCAGAAGACCCUCUCACAUUCUAGGCACCGAAAAAGAAAAAAAGUGAACCAACCCACCUUUUUAUUCUUUCUCUCCUUCCAUCUUACAUAUUUAAUGCAGUUUAAGCUUCCCUUGUUUCAAAAUUUUCUAUUUCAUUUCAUUAAAAACCCCCCACUAAUUCUCACAGACUCGGUCUAGAGUAAUACCAGUCUUAUUCAUGCAGUGAAACGUGUUAUUGAUCUUAACAACAAAACUCAAGAACCAAGACCAAAAGCAUCAGUGCCUGUUUAGAGGUGUUGAAGUAUAGUGUUUUGGUGAAUUUAAUUCAAUGUUGUUGCUUUAAAAGCUUAUUUGGAUUUGCAGAAUUAAAAAUUGGACCGUUAAGAUGUGCCUGUGUUAACCUCCAUGAUGCCAGGAAUCAAGAUGUCACAGAUGCCGUAGCCAAGGAAAGCCUCUGAGGAUAAAAACAAAAAACCUAUCCUGACAAUAACAAAAAAUGAAAGGAAUAAGCAUCCCAUCCUCUCCAUCUUAGCAUGAGAUGUGCAUAUACAGGGCACUGCAUUUUAUUUAGAAUUGGUACUGUACUUGCAUUCUGAUGAGACACCCCUUGUUUCAUUUCCUGCCUUUGGUGCUGAGUAUGUAUGUAUAUUACUUAAGCCAUCUUAGCAUUAUUUAGGUCACUAGAUUUAAGAGCAGUCUCCAUAGUCUUUCACUGCCUGAUGUGUAGAGCGAUGCAGGGUAGCAGCAAAACAUUUUCUAAUAGGCACUCAUCUUAUGAGCUCUUAAGGAUGGAGCAUUUUGUAACGUAAUCUGUACAGCAAAAUAGCUUCCGUUUAUGCCUUGCAGAUAUAUUUAGCUCUAACCUUGCUUGUGGUUAAGCAGGCAGCAACACAGAAGCAGACAGCUGAUUCUGCAGCCAGACCCUCUGCGCGCUUGCGAUUUUGUCAAUACGCUCAGCUUUUCGAUAAUCCGGUGCAGAAUGAGAGUUUAAGCAAUGAUGAUUUCGUCUGUUACAUGCUUGGCAAUUACGUGCUUAACAACAACAAAAAGCAAAUUACAUGGGUUAAGAAAAAGACAGCAAUAGGGAUACAUAUCUAGGACCUAAUACGUACUAUAUGAAAUCUUCUUCCGUCAAUAAGAUAUUUCUGCAGAUAUUCUUUCCAUCCCUCCCUCCAGCGAGUGAAAGGAAUCUUCUGCUUUUCUCGGUAGAUGGAGACAGCCACUCUGCAGACAGGUUUCGGGGGUUUUUUUGCUACAGAAUCUGAAAUACUUGAGAUUAUAUCAUUGAAGAACAUGGAGCUUCAUUGAGCAGUGCAGAGUAACGAUUCAGCUUGCAUCAUCAGUUGAUGACAUUUUUUUCUUUGUUCCCUCCCACCCAGUUGCUCUAAGAUUCAGCAGCCGAUUUGCAAUAUCACUUAAACAACAUUAAUCAGAUACUGCGUUUAAGGUGAGCGGUUCCUUGCCUCCCGUUUAACCAGAUCUGUGCUGCUGUAGUGUGUGCAUCAUGCUGCUGCUGCAAGCCUAAAAUGGCAGGCAGGAUUAAUGUUGCUUGUGCUGUCUGCAUGCUGUGGAUACAGAAUUCAUUAUGCCAUGCCUAGUAUUUCGAAUGGGAGUAUGUAAAUGGUCUGUGUGCCAUAUCAUGUCGUAGUGAAGACUUGGGCUUCCUGAUGGGCAUAACUAUUUAAGCAGCCACCUUUAGCAUUCAAUUUCAUUUUCAGUGUAGUGGGCUGUUGGUUUAUCGUCGCAUUCUAAACCAGCAUUAGCUCUAGUUAUUUAUUUUUAAAUUUGGAUUUAUUUAUUUUUUAGCGAACUCUGCUUCCAGGUGGGGUCAGUCUUAUUCCUCUUGCCUUUACUGCUAUUUAAAUAAUAGAUGUUGUAUUGUUAAUUAAUGGCAAUAUCAAAUUUAAAGCCCUUGGAAGUGACAUAUUUAUUAUGCAGGCACGUCCAAUCUAUUUUUAACUCUUACGCAGUCUGCGUGUGUUGUGCAGUGGGCUUUGGCUGCUGAGUUUUUCCUUUUCGACAGGGAUAGCACUAGGCUGAUUUUCAACAAAUGUGACAAGUGGCCUUUGCAGUGGUCAGCUUUGAACCCUCAAAAGGGAAAGGGGGGGUGAGCAGGAAGCCCUUUGCUGCAGCUUAUUUAAAAAAAACCACCCACCACCUUGGAUGAGGGCAUCUCCUCCCUCCCUGACAGACGCACACACUUCUGUCCUUCCCAUUGAUAAGUUCAGCUAUCUUGAUCACAGUCCAUUCAAGCAAGCUGCUUUUUGAAAAGAGGUAUUUAUUUUAUUUUUUUGAGACGUCUAAGAUUUCAGCGUCUCUCCCUCACUUUGUAUACAAAUGGCUGGGUGCAAUGGCGUGCUAAGACUUCAUUAAGACAUAUACACAGGUAGGUGGAGAUUUGCAUGCUUUUACCUAUUCUCGUUUCAUGAUGCAAGGAAAUGAAAUAUAACAGAGAUCUAUUAAACCAGGUUAUCCCCCCCCCCGAAAGGAUCUAGUUCUAAAUGUUGUGACUUUGCAUGGGUUUCCCUAUUUAAAAGCAUACAUCUAUUUUGAAAUUAGAAAUACCCCGUCUACUAGAUAAUCGGGGCGUGGCACCGCUUAUGCAGCAAAGGCGUUUUUUAAAAGCUUAUCGUCCAAAGGAUUUUGAUCCCAGUUAUGAACAUGAUUAAGCUGUUUGCUAAGAUACAAAACUGUAAGUUGUGGACAGAGCUGUGAAAUUUUAAAAAAAAAAAUUUUAAUUUUGCCUUAGGAAGCGGUCUGUCAACGUUUGCUAUAAACAUUUGUCUUAUCGUUUAUCUUAUAAAUAUUGCGGAAAUAAAGUUAAGGACGUAUUUCAUUAUAGUGUUUAUUUUCUUUUAAGAUGCUGGCUAUGUCAAAAGAGAGAAACACCUAAAGAUGUCCUUUUCAUCUAGAACUCAAUAUUAAUUGUUGAGUCUGGCUUAUUUCAAAGGGUUAACAAAUUAAAACCAGCCAUGUAUAGAUAUGCUAACCUGUGAGUUAAUUUUUAAAUCAUCAUGGUGUGACACUGGAUAUAUUUUGGGACAUAGGUGCUUCAUGUUAACAUUGGGCCAAAACCGGUUUCCUUGGCAACCAAAUCCUGUUAAAGGAUGCAGUAGCAGAGAUGCAAAGACAGUUAUUAGUGUUUAAUUCCACAGUGCAAAUUAUGAUCUCAUACUGCAUUUCUGGGUAGCUAUAAGGCAUUAAAUGAUAGGAGGUUUGCAUGUAACAGUAACCUUUCUCUCAUCUUGAAUUGACUGUUUCAAGCAAUGCAACUGUCUUUCUCACAAAAACAACCAUAGUUCAUCUUAGUGAGACACACGCAGGACAUGUAUGUGUUCUUAAAAUAGUUAAUUUCAUCUCAGUAUUGAACGAACAUGGCUGAAAUUGUAAGCAGCUGAAAAUUGUAAUUAUGUUUAAAUCUCUUUUCUCCAUUGUUACAUUCAGCAGUAAUUAGAGACAUUUUAGUAGACAGAACCUAAAAGAAUCAGUCAGUUUAACCAAUGUUGUGAGGUGACAAAGAAGGAGAGGGGAGAGGGGAUAAUUUAAUAUGUGAUUUACUGUAACACUAAUGCAAGUUCAAAUUUAUAAUAUUUCAUGAAAAGCAGCUCACGUAUAAUAGGAGCUGUAAAAACCAAACCUAGGAUAAAAGGUAUUGUUAAUCGUUGCAACACAUUUAAUAUAGCUUCUUGAAAACAUGGAUUCUUUCCUUCUAACUGAAGCACAUCUCACUGCAAAGCUAUUUUUCUGCAUGGUAGCCAUUUUCUUUUCAUGUCCUUGACUUCGAUACUACUAAAGCUGAUGUAUCGAUCGCGAUCAACAACAACAGAUUCACUGGGUUAAUAGAAAUACUAAAAGUAUAAUUCUAUUGGACGUUUACAUUACUGCAAAUAGCAAAGCAAUCUUAAAGGUACAAUGUUAAUUUUCUCUUCUUUCUGAAGAUUACCAGUUCAUUAAAGAAAAAUAUAAUACAUCUAUUCUAGAGGAUGGCUGAUAACAGCUGUUUUAGAACGACAUAAUAGAACAACAUUAAAUCCAAAAUAACGAUAUUUGAUAAAUUUCCUAAAGCUAGAUUUUCCCAUUCUGUUUUUAUUAAGUUGCUUCUAAAACAAAUUCAUUUGAACGGUAUUUUUCAGUACAGGGAUUCAUGAUUUCAUUAUCUGUAAGUGAUUAAUUUUGAUUACUUAUUUUUGGGGAUAACUUUUACACAUCAGUUCAUUGAUGCUUGUAUUAACAUAAUUUAUUUCAUGCAUGGACUUUAAAAAAGUAAUUUACUGCCUAGCAUAUUAUUAUAUGUCCAUUUAUUUUAAGCUUUUGCACAGGAGAGGAUGUGAAUGAUGGUUUACAAAGCUCUUGGAAUUCCCUCUUGCUUCAGUCUAAUAUGUUUCAGGAUGGUGGGUUUUGAUUCCUCCCUUGCAUCAAAGGAGUAUUUUCUCUCUCGUUCUCACUCGCUCUGACUCACUCACUCACUUUCUGAAGACUAAAUUCACACUGCCUUUUUGAGGAAAAUAAUCAAAAGUUUUCGGCCAGCAAUUCCUAUGCCAAAAGAGUUGGGUUAUUUGCAUGGCAGUGGUGGUGCCUUGUGUUUUGUUUAAUGAUAAAAGUGCUCCCUCGUUUGAAUAUUUAGCAUGAAUGCUGACUGGCUGUUACAGUGAGGAAAAUGCUGUCUUUUGCUAUGAGAUUUGGAACAUACACCAACACGUACCCAAAAGACUUACCAGCCAUCCUUUCCUCCGUUUCAGCCAUUUUGGCACACAAAAAUGAACAAUGCUGCAUGGGCCAUAGGAAUGCAUUAUUUUCCUCUAAAUGGCCAUGGGGAGUACACUGGAUUUCCAAAUAGCCACGGGAAUGUAUUACGGCAAUUGUGGACUGGCUGUUUACACAGUGGUCUUUAAGGACCAACCUCAAAUGGCUAAACAGAAAAGCAAUGCCCUUCCAAAUGGCCGCUGAAAUAAAUUGAGAUGACUGUGGGAGACUGAACCACCAUCUAUACGAAACAUCAGACCCCCGUCAGUCUCCACAAAGAACGUGUGUGUGUGUGUGUGUGUGUGUGUGUGUGUGACACGUAUUAUCUUAGUAGUCCAUGCCCAGCAUUGUUUUCCAGCAGUACAGAUUUCAGGUGGGUAGUGGGAAGGCUGAGGUUGAGAGAGAUGUCUCGCAUGAAGUCAUUAGUUCAGCUUGCAGUCCUUGAACUUCCCAUAUCUAUCUAUGGCUGACAGCCAACUGGGUCCAUCUAUGAGUGGAAUGGACUUGCAGAACUUUACUUUUCUGUCUUCCUCCCAGCAGCUCCCCAUAUCCCCCCCCAUAUGCUCAGGAGGGUUGGGGACCCUCGGGAGCAAGUUGGGGUGGUGCUGCUGCAGUGGGGAGGAGAGGAAGGAGAAGUGCUCUUGCCUAAUGUUAGAUCAUCUCACCCAUAUAGCUAUAGUGGGUUGCUUGCAAUCCAGCAAAGUGCUUCAUAGUUCUCAGAACAUAAACAAUGCAGAUACGUAUUCUUCCAAAUGGCUUUUGAAAUGAAGUAGGAUGGGCUGGUAAUGAUGAUGAUGAUGAUGAUGUUUAGUAUAUUGUGCAAUCUGUAUUUUGUAUCCCAUAUCCCUCACCUCCAUAAAAAUCCACAGAGUUUCUGAAUCACCAUAGCAGUACAUUCAGGAUUGCUUCGGCUCCUGCUAAAUUCCCUGUAGGCUUUGGUGCCUUGCAUGUCAAUAAAAUAUUCCAGUGCAUUCUCAUGUAUUUGUAAAGGUGUUUCCUGCUGGUGAUUUUUCAGUAUCUCCACCCUCAAUGCACUUCAAAAGCCAUUUGUAUCUCUAAUAUAUGCUCUCCAAUGUUUGGUUAAAUGCUUUUAAAGAUAGUAAUAUCAACCCUAAGUCAGGUUUCAGGAAAAUGACACGGUUUUGUCUGGUUCAGCUCCUGCCAUACAUGCCUUCUUUUGGAUUGAAUAAAUUGCUGAGGGGAAGCAAAAUCUGGAUGGGAAUGGAUCAUAGAAUCAUUUUGAGCUCAGUGGGAAAACAUGAGACUGUGAUACUCUGUAGGAAAGAGUAAAGCACAGGGAGCCAUGCAUAUGAAACGACGGGGAAGGAACUCAUGUUUGGUCAACGGAAGAGGCAGAGGGCAGGAAAAUGAAUGACGUGUCUACUUUCUGGAAGGUUGGGAAAAGGACGUUUGCUAACGGUUGGCUCCAAGUCGAAAACUACAGAGGCAGGAUGUGUGUAAGAAAGGAUAUAAACAAUUUAAAUUUGAAGAGCAUGUUUGCCUGGGUUCUAUAGCUGUUCUCUGCAGGUCUGGAAAAUCCUGUUCACAUAUAAUUCUGUCUCUAAAAUGUUUUGCAUGUUCCUGUCUCUUCUGCUCUCAUGAAAACAAGACCACAGUGGAUGCAUAUAUUCAAGAUCAAAUUAGGUUGUCUAUUUAUUGCAUUGCUAAAAAAAAAUAAGAAGAAAUGUAUCACCUUAAGGGGGGCAUUUUAAAAUGGGUGUGUGUACAUUUAUCUGCAUAGAUAGAAAUUUAGAAAGAAUAACAAUUUAAAAUUGAUUUUUGCUUGGUUUCUAGCUCUGUUUUAAUGAUGAUGCAUUUUAUGGAUAUUUGUGUGUGUGUGUUUUAUUUGUUUGUGAAUUUUAACUUUUAUUUGUGCACCACUAAAUAAGCUCUAAAUAAGAAAUAGAAAUGCAUAUCUCCACAAUGGGGGGAGCUAGAUGGCCUGUGUCUGCAUUCCAGGUCCUAACUGCUGGUGGAUAACUUCUAGGUUUCUGCUCUCCCUUCUUAUUGUUUCAUAAACAGGAUUUAGAUUUGCCAGCCUUUAAGAUAAGAGUCCUAUCCUUCAGAAAGACCACUGUCCCUUGGCAGCUCUUCAAAUAGAGGACUGUCCUCUGCAAAAUAGGGCACACGACCACCCAUGUAGCUAAAUGACCAUACACAUAUAUAUUUUUAUGGCCCCUUUUUGGUGGUACAUUUCUUCUUCCUUUCUUUAGCAAGUUAAGCAAACGUUCAUGCUGGAAUUACUUGCCAUUUCCAAAAAAUUAUUUUGUCACAAAUGCAGACCAUAUGGUUUUAAAUGGGGGGUGGGUGGUUAGUCUGGGUCUCACUACCCUUUCUGGAACCUGGGAACCAUCAGCAUGCAAAGUAUGCAAAGCAGAUGCUUUAUUACCGAGACAUGACCCUUCACAGCCACAGCCCUUCCCCGCCCAUCAUAUCCUCCAUUGAUUGAUUAAUCUGCAUAAAUUUCAAUGCGAGAAAAACCAAAUCCCUCUAAACAAAUGCAGGCAACUGCUAUUUUUAGUUAUUUAAAUUUUAAUCCUGUGCUUCUCCAAAGAGGCCCAGGCAACAUGUUGAAGAUGCAUGGAAGCACAUGCCUCAUAGGACGGGCACCCUCUUGCCUCUUUUGCACCCACCCUUGCCUUUUUAACCCUUCUCUUCCUGACUGAGCUCUGCAGCAGAUGGCAAUAACACACAAGGUUUUUUCGCCCCCAGCAAUUAACUUGCUGCAGGAAAUUUACUUGCUACAGGGAAAUUCCAUACUAGGAAUCACUAGGAAAAACACUGAAAAUAAAACUGCCGCUAUCGUAAGUGCCGCAAAUCAUAAUAGAAACGUAUUAUGGAGCAUGUAAGCAUAAGGACUGCUGCAACUUGUUCUCUUAGCAAGAAGCUCUCCUUUUCUAUUAUGCCUGAGUCUGGAUCUGUAUUGACUUCCAGUAUGAAAUUUAGAUUGCUGACAUUGACCUAUAAACCUUGGGCAGUCUGGGCAGUUAGGCUGCAAUCCUGUACCCACUUUCCUGGGAGUAAGGAGUACUGAGCAUAGUGGGGCUUACUUAUGGGAAAACAUGCAUAGGAUUGUGCUGUUAAUGUGUCAUCCUGAUUCAAGUUCUGAUUUGGGCAACUCCAUCCUUUUUUCGCCUAGAUUUCUUCUUCAGGCUCCAGCCCUAUGGUUGCCGGCUGUUUCGGAUACAGUUGUUGGUAAGUGCGAUAACGUUGCCACGUGACCAAUUUAUAUCCACUUGACUUUGACAACUCAGCUACGAUCCGUCUACAACUAGACAGUGAUAGGAAAUGGGCAUAUGUAUUGGUCUGAAACAAAUCCUUGUUGGAGUACUUUUCUACUUGAUUACUACAGCAAUUUAUUUUUUUUAUGAAGUUGAUUUAAAGCAGCAACAUAAAAAGAACAUUCAAAAGAUGUGGGGGAAAUGUAUGUUUUAGAAAAUAGCCUUUAAGUCUAUAAUUUCUGUAUAGAAAACACUGCUUUACUAGACAGCUUGGCCCAGUGUGUAAAUAAAGUGAGCAACUAACCAUGUUGCUGUAGUAAAACAGCACCAUUCUUAGAUUAAUCUAUGAUUGCUAUAUUAUCAUGACCCUAUAGGAAGAUAUAUCAUUGAGGGUAUGGUGGAGCAGCUAUAGAUUGGCGACAAAUCCCAGGGAGACUUGACUGGCACCUUCUUUAUGUAUCUUUAGGCACCUGGCAAAAAUAUUCCUCUUCUCCCACAACUUUGGCUAAUUAAACUAUCUAUGGUGUGUUAGUCAGAUGCGCGGGGUAUAAAUAAUAAAAUAUUAUUAUUAUUACUGUUUUGUUUAAAUAAAUAAAAAAAAUAGGCCAGUAGCACCUUAGAGACCAGCUAAGUUUGUUCUAGGUAUUAGUUUUCGUGUGCAUGCACACUUCUUCAGAUACACGAAAGCUUAUACCCAGAACAAACGUAGUUGGUCUCUAAGGUGCUACUGGCCUAAUUUAUUUAUUUCGACUGUGUCAGACCAACACGGCUACCUAACUUUUGUUUGUUACUGUGGCAUGAUUUUCUUGUGUUUUUAUAUUGUAAACUGCCCUGUGAUCUUUGGACAAAGAGUGGUAUAGAAUUUUAAUAAAAAAAGAAGAAGAAAUAAAUGACUUUUGCUUAGGCAGUGGCCCUAAGCAGCUACUCAAGCUUUUAUCCAGGAUUAAUGUGUGCCGUCACCCAUUUCCUGACAACCACAUAGCAAUAAAGGGGAAACGAACAAAGCUGCAGAGGUGCGCUGGUGCAUGCGCACUCCUAUAGCAUGGGCUCGUAAUAAUUAAUGCAUGGUUAGGGGAGGGGAAAUUGCUCAGAGCUGCGCUUAGGAAGAGAGUACCUGGGAGAGAAUUUUACAUUCUCAAAGGAUUGGUACUGCAGUUAUUGAAGAAAACAGAUCUACAGAUGCUCGCUCAAGGCCCCGAUCAUGGAAAGAGUUGAAUUCCCAAAUCUCUCGUCGUUCACAUCCCUGAACACAUUGCUACCUAAACCUGCCACUUACGAAGCUUUGUCAGGAUGCUUUUCUAUAUACCUUAGGGAUAUCAGUGGACAUCAGGGUGCUGCUAUCUCACACCUGUUUCUAUCUUGAUACGAUACAGCAGGGGUGGGGAGCCUGCAGCCCACAGGCUCAAUUAAGCCUGGCAUGGAUCCUAGUUUGGCCUGCAGGUUGUUUUCCCAAAACACUUUCAGCUACGCUGGAUUGUUCCAUGCCAACGUCUCCCCAUAAGCAACAGUGACCCACCUGCCUGGAAGCUGGCAUAGCAGCUUUGCCCACACUGUGAGCUUGUUUCCGUCACAAUAAAACAUGGUCUAGUGCAUGGGUAGGCAAACUAAGGCCUGAGGGCUGGAUCCGGCCCAAUAGCCUUCUAACUCUGGCCCAUGUACGGUCUGGGAAUCAGAGUGUUUUUACACGAGUAGAAUGUGUCCUUUUACAGUGGUACCUUGGGUUAAGUACUUAAUUUGUUCCGGAGGUCGGUUCUUAACCUGAAACUGUUCUUAACCUGAAGCACCGUUUUAGCUAAUGGGGCCUCCUGCUGCUGCCGCACUGCCGCAGCACGAUUUUUGUUCUUACGCUGAAGCAAAGUUCUUAACCCGAGGUACUAUUUCUGCGUUAGCGGAGUCUGUAACCUGAAGCGUAUGUAACCUGAGGUGUAUGUAACCUGAGGUACCACUGUAUUUAAAAUGCAUCUCUGGGUUAUUUGUGGGGCCUGCCUGGUGUUUUUACAUGAGUAGAAUGUGUGCUUUUAUUUAAAAUGCAUCUCUGGGUUAUUUGUGGGGCAUAGGAAUCCGUCCCCCCCAAAUAUAUAUAUAUAGUCUGGCCCCCCACAAGGUCUGAGGGACAGUGGACCGGCCCCCUGCUGAAAAAGUUUGCUGACCCCUGGUCUAGUGUGACUUCUUAUAUGUUGGGUUGUGGCUCUUACUUGGUGCUUUUGUGUGAAGCUUACCAGCUGAGGCAACAGCUAAACAUAAGAAAAUGUACAGCAAAAGAGAAUAGGCACCUCCAGUGCUGGUUCACAACCUCAUAACAGUAGUUACUGUCAGCUGGAAAAAUCACACUGCAAAGAUGGAUAUAAUAUUGAAACCUCUUCAGCAGAAACAGCAAAUGGUGUUUUCAACCGUGGAACCACAGACUUAAACCAUGUGGAUUAAUUUGUUUGCCUUGUACAUGGCUAUAUGCAGCUGUUUUAACUUCCUUCUCCAUAAUGCGAAUGCAGGGGGGUGGGGAUGGACGGACACAGAAAAUCUUGUUUAUAUUUGAGCCUGCAUAACCUUUACUUGCUGCAAACCAUUCUGUGCUCUUCAGAUGGGCAGUAUGUAAAUUUAAUAACUUAAGAAAUAAAGAAGUAAAAAAAUCCAUUGCUCAGUGUUAAACAUAAAAACCAUUGAUUAGGGGAACUAUCUCACUUUUUAUGUAAUUUUCCAAGCAAUUUUCUUACUAUAAUCAGCAGACUCAGAAGGAAAAGAACAUUGAAAAUUGCAUAGCUGUAACAAACAAGAGCCCAUCAAUACCAGCUUUUUGCCUCCAGCCAUGGCCGGCAAGAUGCUUUGGGAAGCUCACACGGUCAACCCUACCACUAGGCAAAGGGAGGCGGCUGCCUCAGGUGGUAGAUACUGGGCUGGGCGAUAUGGUAGCAGCCACCCUAAUUCCCAUGAGCUGGUGGUGAUUCUGCUUGCUCAUUCUGGCUUCUUUAGCUGUCUGGCUACGUCACCUUCUUCCAGUGGCUUGAAAAAAGCCCAGACUAAGCAAGCAGACUGUGAGGCUACCAGUACAAGCUCCACGCACCCAGCAGCCAUUGCACAUGUGAAUGUGUGGCUCUGCUCAAAUUGCACAUGCUGGCACCAUCGCUGCUGCACUGCAGCAUUUGCCAACUGCCUAGUGGAGCAGUUAGCAAGCAGCAAUGAAGUAUUGGAAGGCAGAUCUGUGUGUGCAACCUGUCCCGUGCCCCCUAAACUGCCCCCAGUUGCAGUGGAAGAUGCUGUCCUGCCACCAGUUUUGAAGUAACUGGCAGUCUGGUCCACAUCUAUAUGUGGAAUAGAGGCAGGCACCUACUGGUCCAGCAAGAAUGUAUUGCGCUGGCCCACUGUGCUCAUGGCCUCUUGCAUGACCCCAGCAAUCAGAAAAACCAGCAUGCAUCUCAAAAGAAUACCCAUGCAGUCAGCCACUCCUUCAUUGCCUCGAAUAAGUUUGAUUUGUAUGCGUUUGAUGCACAUUUGUGGUGUGAAGCUUUGGUUGCUCUUGGUUAUUCUCACAUGAAGCUGCACAGCACAGGUCUACUUCUGCCUGAUCCUUUAAGUGGAUGCUGAACAUAGGACCUUCUGCAUGUGCUCUACCACUAACAGAGCCGGCCCUCCUAUUAGCUAGAGUCAGGUGACUGCCUCAGGCAGCAGCUGCUAGAGUGUUGUGGAGGGUGGCAGCUCUCAAGCAAUCCCAUCUGUUGGAUGACAGAGCUGUGUGUGCCACAUGGUCUGUUCGGAACACCCUAAGCUAGCUUGAGGUCCUCAGGUGUGGUGGAGGAUUCAGCCCAAGAGUCACGUUCCCUUUGGGGGAAUCUCCUGGAGGUCACAUGCCAGUGGUGGGUGGGGCCAGAGGCAGGGAGGAUGCAAAGGAGGAUGGGUGAGGGGUGUGUCCUGGGUAGAGUUUGUGUGGUUCAGGGGGACGUAUAGCUUGGUGAGAGUCCCCAAAACCAUUUGACCUACAUUUCUCACUCCUGCUUUAGGAAGUAUGCCAUACUGUAUACUACAGUUAACACAUAACUGUAAGACUGCCAAAGGUAUACUGAAUCAGUCAACAUUUAGAAAAAAAUUUUAGCUCCUUAAUUCCCUUAAUUGUUCUGAGUUUUUGUAAGAGAUAUAUAUUUCGAACUACAAACUAUCAUCAUGAUGUGCAAGCCUCCAUCAACUCAAGCAGUCUUUGGCCCACUAAACAUGACUUUUUCUCUAUAAUUAACAGAGAGAAACGCAAUUUAGGAUUCUUUUUUCAAAGUUCUUAUUUUGUGCAUGCGCAUGCUUGCAGUGUCUCUUGACAACUGUAGCGCAGGCGGCAGCAGAACAAGUCCCAGGGACCUAGCCCUGAUUGCCUGCUCAGUUGAGAGGGGAAAGAGCUUUGAUGCAGUGCAAAGCUUGCAAUUGCAGCUCUGGUCCUUUGCAAGAAGAGCUGCUGCAAGAAGACAGAAGUAGAAGGGGAAAUGACUCAGCAGAGAAGUAGACCUGUAUUCUUUUGAAACCACAAUUUAGGGGCUGCCACCGAAAAAGCACUUUCCUGGGCCACCAUUCCCUGCACAUCUGAGGGUAUCGGAAACGAGGUUAGGCUGAGACGUAGUGACUGAUCCACAGUCACCUAGUUUAGCUUAAUGCCUGAGAAAAUAUUUGAGCCUGGGUCUCCCUGGCCGAAUCCUAGUAAGUGAUUAAAGUAAUCAAGUUCUGAGCGUGUGCCAACAGCGACUGCAGGCCUCGGCAGCUUGAGCUGAUGAGUGCUGACCAUUCAGGCACAAAGGCAGGACAGCAGCUCAAAAUAGGUAUCAUUUGUGGAGUGUUUCAGGAAAUAGUGGCACGUGUGCCCUUGAUUUUGUGCCUGUCAUUUGCAAACUCAGUAUGCAUCACUGACAUUUUAAUUGUAGCACCUUUUCAAUUAUAUCGCAUUUCAUAAUGUACGUAUUUCUUUUACAGAUAUUAUCUCUGUCUUUGGGAGCGCUUCAUUUUCUUUGCAGCAUCAUUUGCAGGCAUGCAAAUUACAUUUUGUGUGUGUGUAUAGGUAUGUAUAGAUGUUUAUUAUUUAUUUAAUUAAUUAAUUAUAUACCGCCUUUUCUCCCAAGGAGCUCAAGGUGUUGCACAUGGUUCUCCUCCCCAUUUUAUCCUCAAAACAACCCUGUGAGGUAGGUUCGGCUGAGAGGCAGUGACUGGCCCAAGGUCACCCAGUCGGCUUCAUAGCUGAGCGGAGAUUUGAACCCUGGUCUCCCAGGUCAUAGUUCAUCUCUCUCUCUCUCUCUCUCUCUCUCUCUGUGUGUGUGUGUGUGUGUAAAUUCUCUGUGUGCAUUAUAAUAAUAAUUAAGCCUGUAAAUGCUUAGCCAAUAUCCUUUUUUUAAGUGCAAGAAAACUAACAUAGGACAUGAUCCAGUCAAAAGCUCUUUUGAAUCACAUGGAUUUCAGCAGAAGAGAUUAAGCAUGUGCUUGAAAACAAGGGACUUCAAAGUGUUUAACUGGAUCAUGCACCAAAUAGCAGCAAAUACCUUUCUAAGCAAACGCAUGCAGGCAGCAAACAAAUACAUUUCAAAUUAUAAGACAAAAGCCUACUUUUCCAAGACCUUGCUUGGGUUAUUCUAAGCUUGGCUGUGUUCUUUUGUAUGUACAUUAAAUACCCAGUGGUGUUAAUUGUGGUUUGGGUUCUUGUCAGGGCUGUAAUAUUAGAGAAAUAUAAACAGAUCAAAAGCUAGCCUCUUUUAAGGAUCUAGACUGGUGCUCAAUCCUUGUGCCCUAUUACAGAAGAAGUGAGAUGUGAUAUACCAUUGCCUCCCACAAUUUCUAAAGCUGCUUCACAUAUAAAGAGAUAACAACGAUGUCUCAGCCAACUGCAGAACAACAGAUAUUAUAUGGUUACUGACACACAGCCCCAUGAUUGUUGUCAUGACGUGUGCAAUAUGCUAAUCCCUACACUUUGAUUUGCCACUAUACUGUCAGCCCACAUGCCCACAACAAACAUGGCGACCAUGACUUCUUUCAGUCUAGGACUAUUUUUUUCCAAUUAAAAUAAAAACAAAAAGAUAUUUUAGCCAUAUUAAACGCUGAAUGGGAUAUUGAUAAUGAUUUGAGGAUAAUUUUGGGAAAUAGCUGUAUUGAAACAGACACACAGCCUUGGGUCUAAAUUAUUGCUUGACAGCAAUUAUCCAUAAGCAGGAAACACCAUGUUAAAGAAAUGUGAAGAUAAUUUCUAGUUGCACAACAAAUUCAGUAAAUAAAAGAUGCUGAUGCUAAGGGUAAAAUAAAAUGUGUUGUUUAUUAAUCAUAAGCCGCUAAUAGCUAACAGCUUAUUUAUGAAUAGCUCAUUCACAUUAUUGAAAUUACGUCAGGAAUUUUUCUUUCCGCUAGUUUGCUGCAAUUCUUCUUUGUACCUAGCUCCAUCUUGUGGUUAUGUAUGCAGGAGACAGAGAAUAUGUUAUGAGACACAGACAAACAGAAGAUAUGCUGAAUAAUUGGCGAGUGGGGGUGGGGUGGGAUUUCAUAUAGAGUUUCAUGGAAUUGAGGAGAAUUCAAAACAUACAUCUUUCUAGGGGUUAGGUUGCAAUGGGAGUCUGCUCAACACAUUUUGGUCAGAAAUACGUUACAACCUUCUCCAGAUCUGAAGGAGGGGAAAGCUAUUUUGCUGAAAUGUUGAACGUACAGCUGAUUGACUAGUUCUUGUGUCAACAGCAGCUACAACAAAAAUGAUUACUGCUUUCAGUUCAGUUAUUAGUACAGCGUCUAUGGCUCAUAAUAGGUGUACAGAGUGGUUUUAAAAGUAGCAUAAGCAAUGGAGGGCUCCAUAUUUUUUAGUUGGGUUUCUCUCUGGGAAAAUCCUUAUUUAGUUGUCAUGCAGAGGACUCGUAAAUAGCACCCCAGGAGAUGACCCCAUAAUCUCAGCUGUGAAAUAAAUAGCAUUACUUCGUCCCUGUCCAUCCCUGCUCCACUACAUCAUUGCCCCAAACUCCUCCUCCUAACUCAGUUGGGUUCCCAACAUGUUAUGCCAUAUUUCCUUUGAAAAGCAUGUGCUGCAUCGUCCACAGGAGUGAGUGGGCAGGAGAUCAGCCCAGUAAUGUUUUGUCAAUAUGAACAUCCAGAGGAAAAGUUGACAACAUGUAUUUCUGGACUUGAAAAAUAACCCCUAUCAAUAGCUUCAGUUGUGAAAUCUACUUUAGACGUCAGAAGCUUGUGCUUCUAAUUCCGUAUCACAUGAGCAAAGCUGACGUAAUCUCAGACCUUGUCUACAGGAAGAACAGUUGCUAAUACAGUGUUAUCUGUAGGGUUGUGGCUGCUUGCCUGAAGCAGGAGUCUUGUCAGUACUUUUUAUGUUCUAGAUCUUUUCUUGUACAUCCAGCUCCAUAAUUGUGUAAGUUUCCAUAUUUGGGACCAACCAGAGCUAUGUUAACUAAUGCAAAUUUCAGGUCAGUAACUUUCUGAUUACUGUGAACUAACAUUUCCUUUUCUGUGUUAAUAUUUGAGAUCUAUGGAUAUGAAAGAGGGAGAACAACUUUAGCGUCAGCAUAUAUCUGGAUACAUCCACUGAGUUUUGAUUUAUUAUUUUUAAUGGCCAACAUAAUGGUGCAGAUACAAUUUUCUACAAAAAGUAGUCCAGUUGGUUUUAUAUGUGUGGAUGAUGUUUUUUUCUUCAAAUUUCAGAAUAUGGCCCUAAAUUUAUUAUCCAAUAAAGAUUACAUAAAUGAUUGAUUUUGAGUUAUGCACCUUGUAAACUGUACUUGCAAAAUGCUAUGAAAUUUGUCCAUUUGCAGUUCUGAUAAGACUGUAUUUCACAGUUCCUCUUAAGCUAUAUGUGUGUUGGGGGGGUGCCACUGAUUUUACUGCUGACCUUUGCCAAAUGCAUUUCAAAAUAGUUUUAUAUUUUAAAGCUAGCAUCUUAAUAUAGUUUUAAUAACAACAUAUAAAGAUACUGUAUAGGUAGUGCCAAAAAAUUAACCCGUAUAUUUAAACUACAAUGGUCUUUUUUAUCUAAGUAUAUACACAGCUUCUUUGCUUUCGAAAUUGCCAUUUAAUACUUGUCUUGUUUUCCAGGACUGGGCAUAAAAGUUCUUAAUGUACAUCUUCCAUUACCACUCCCUGACUGCUUUUGCCUACACAAAAUAGAAUUUAAGUCUUUCAAAGUCCAGGCCUAUACAUGUAUAUUCAAAAGUAAGCCCAAUUGAGUUCAAAAGUUUUACUCUCAGGUAAGUGGGUAAAGGAUUGUAGCCUCAGUGUGCCAUCCUUUGCAGCAAAAGCAAAUAACCUGUCUUUCAAUUGCAAACAUUCAGUCUGAAUGCUCCUCUACCGCAAGUCCUAAUACACAAGUGCUUCCCUCUCUGUCUCUGGGUUAAUUGAAACCGUCUCAUUUAGUGCAGUUUUUGUUUUCACAGGCUCUAACAAUCCUAUGGAUUUUGAUUGCUCAGCUGUUUCAGUUUCCUCACCAGGACUUCUAGGCCUUUAAUUGGAACAGGGCAAUUAGAGAUCAGGCCUGUUUAAAGCUUAUUACACUGUCUUGUGAUAAUUUGGCUUCUCAGUCUCUGACAGAGAUGGUUAAGAUAAGCUUUGUAUCCAUAAAAACUUGGAACCAUGGUGGGGGUUUUUUAAAGAAUUUGGUGCACAAGAUUCAAGCCAGCCGGAUAGAGAGGAUACAAAUAAUAUAUUAUUAUUAUUAUUAACCAUAAUGAAAAUGAAGGACCAUCAAAUCACUGUGGAAGAAAACUCAGUUUAUCUGUAUUUACUCCCUUUGUUGCAUAUGAAAUAUGUCUUUCUAGAAGAGGUUACGGAAGUGAAGGGGUGCAUUCAGAGGGAAUGUUUGCAGUGGGGGAACAAGAUAUUUGCUCUUUGCUGCAAAGGAUGGUAAACUGUAAUUCUAUACCCACUUACCUGGGAAGAAACCUGAAUAGUUUAGGGUACGCUCAUACACAUUUACCUGGGAGUGUGUCUCAUUUAAUUCAGUGAGACUUAUUUCAGAGUAAAUGUGCCUAGGUUUGCGCUGAGAGUCAUCUUUAGCGACAUAGUUGAUGUCAAAGGGAGAGUAGAUCUCUCUGGUAGAUAUAUUACCCCCACCCCCUGACCACAGCCGGACCCCUGUGAUUACUGGAAGGAAAGGUACUUUUUCAUGUGCUUGCCUCCCCAAUGCACUUUGCCUCUUCUGUGCCUCCUUCCAUCCUGCCCGGUGUUGUCAUUGUACAGUGAUCAUGGAAUCAUAGAAUUGUACAGUUGGAAGCAACCAUGAGGGUAAUCUAGUCCAAUGCAGGAAUCUUUUGUCCAACAUGGGGCUCAAAUCCAUGAUCCUGAGAUUAUCAAAAUAUUUAAACUGAACAAGUUGGCAAUGAUGUGCUGAGCACAACCUUUCUAAGUCGGAAGAGAAAACUGCACAGUACUACUACAACACAACAAAGGGGGAAAGCUUUCGAAGCAGACGUCCUGCUUACCCUGCAGUCAAUAUCUGUACUGGAUCUGAAACUUUUAUCUAUGUAAAUUGUUUUAACCAUUUUCAUAUCUGUAAUUGUUUUUAUAUAUGCAACUGUUUAUAUAUGUUUUAUUGCAUUGCUGAAAUUACUUUGAGAUGCUUCACAUAAAGUGAUUCAUAAAUGAAAUUACUACAGGUGUCCCUCCACUUACGUGGGGGCUACGUUCCAAGCCCCUGUGCACAUAAGUGAAAUCACGUGAAGUGGGGAGCUAGGUACAAAGAAGAAUUGCACCAAAAUUAUCCACAACUAGAACUGAAGCUCUGGGACCAGCCGGAGACUGGAGGAUGCAUUGAAAGGCGGCGGUGGCUGUUAGGCGGGGAGGCUUAGCAGCAUAAACAAAGCCCCGCUACACCUCUGGUCUCUUAGGGGCUUCCUUCGCCUUCACUUACAUCCUCUUGGGCUCUGCGGAGGUUCUCCUCAUGAGCCACAGGGACUCUCCAGCUCCCCCCCGCCAUUUCCGGGUUUGAAUUACUUAUUUAGUGGCGCCGUGUGUAUACAUGGUUGUGUGUGAGUUGAUUGCACGUAAAUGGGGGGCACACCUAUAAUGAGGAUAUUAAAAAAUUAAGAAAAUACUGUGCACAGUAUCCAUUAGGGGGAGCUUAAAAUCCAUUCAUUCCCCUUUUAAAUUUAUUUGCCUUCACCUUCAUUUUUAGAUUGCUCCAUUGGGUUGUCAAAGACUACUUUAAGCUAGACUACUUUAAGCUAUUAGGGUCUCUGCCUGCCCCUUUGAAGAGAUAUUGGAGGAGAGUAAAUUAAGAAUGGAAGAAGCAUUUCCUCUCCAAUCCUCCCCAUAGAAGUGUCUUUAAAGAAUAAAAAAUAUUUUUUCCUGCAAAACUGAGGAGUCAUGUGAGUAUGCAGAAACUCUUGUUCUGUCUACAUUUUCACUGACCUGCUGGUUAGCAUAUAGAACCACCAAGUUCUUUAUUAGAGAAAAUGAUUUUAUUAUCCUGAUAGAUUGAAUAGAGCAAUAGCCUUUUGAAAGAGCAAUGUUGUCAGAUAAAGCAUUGAGAUGUCACUGAACAGCACAUGAUAUUGCUUUUUGAUCCAGUUACCUUUUUUGUCUCUUUUUAUUUUAUACAGCUGA